UGGUCAUGGUCACAUGAUAUUCCCAAAUCUUCAUUCUUUGAUUUUGGCAAAAAAUUGUGUCGCUGCAUUUUAAAGUCCAAACCUCAGAAGAUACGUUUGACAAGAAAUUUACGAAAUAUGAAGAAAUGUUGCGCAUGUUGCGGAUCCAAGAUGAAAUAUUUUUGUACCAUAAUACUUCUACUAGUUGGAGGAAUAUUUAUUGCGUUGCCUUUCGUCACACGUGAUUACAUCGACAAAAUUAUCAAAACGAAAAUAGAUAAAAACGUAAAAAUUUCUCCUAGCUCUCAAAUCUACGACGAGUGGUUGAAACCAACAUUGCCAAUAUACUUGCAAUUUUACAUGUUUAGUAUAGUCAAUCCUUUAGAGGUUAUGAGAGGAGAUGUGCCGUUUGUUGUUCAAAAAGGACCCUAUUCAUAUCGUGAAAGUCGCUUAAAAUACAAUAUAAGUUGGGGCCAUGAUAAAGUGAACUAUAAUCAGAGAACACGUUAUAAAUUUGAUCCAAGUACGUCAUGUUCCACUUGUGAUCCUCACAUAGAUAUGGUAAGAUCCCUCAAUAUUCCAUAUAAUACCCUUGUGCAGAAAAUUCCACCUUCUUUAAGACAUCAUAAGCUGUUUGACAAGUUAGUUUCCACUUUUAUGUCUUACUUCAAAGAAGGUCUAUUUAUCAACAAAAGUGUCCACGAAGUGAUUUGGGGAUACAAUGAACCACUGUUUGAUGAUUAUGAUGAAUUUAGAAAAGAUCUUGAGAAAAUUUUUGGCAAGAAGUUAGUUGAUAAUUGGUUGCCCAAAGUACCAGCAAUUUUUGCAUUGCAGCAAAAUCCUAAUGUUGAUGGAUAUACAACUGUAAACACUGGUAGUAGUGAUGUUAACUUAGUUGGUCAGUAUGAACAGUGGAAGGGUAAUGAAGGUCAUCUUCAUAUAUGGAAAUCAGCAACUGCUAAUAUGAUUAAUGGUACAGAUGGAUCUCUUUACAAGCCUGCUUUAUCAAAGCAUGACAUUCUCUACAUUUUUAUUAUUCAGUUAUGUCGCUCAUUGAAUGUAAUCUAUCUUGAUAAGCAGACUGUUAAAGGAAUUAAUGGUUAUCGUUUUAGACCACCUAAAUAUUUGUUUGAAAGUGGAAACAUCAAUCCAAACAACAAAGGUUUUUGUACCCCUAAUUGUCUACCAUCAGGAUUAUUAAAUAUCAAUGGUUGUGUACCUUUCAAUGCACCCAUCAUUGUCUCAUCACCACAUUUUCUCCAUGGAAACAAAUCUUUAUUGCAGGAGGUUCAUGGAUUAAAACCUGUUGAAGAAAAACAUGACACCUUUUUAACUUUAGAGCCUCAUACUGGUAUUUUGUUACGAGCAUCAAAACGGAUCCAAUUUAAUAUUCAUGUAGUUCCACUUGCAGGUUUUAAAGAUUUGGAAAAUGUCAAAGCAGAACAUCCUAUUAUGUGGAUAAAUGAACAUGUUGAGAUAGAUUCUGCUAAUGCUGAAAAAUUGAAGAAAGAUGUUCUCAGAAAUAUUGAAAUAGUUAAAUGGGUUGGAUAUGGACUCAUUAUACUUGGUGGUAUCAUGGUUCUCAUUGCUUUCAUUUUGGUUCUUCGUUUAUGUUGUGCAUCAAAUGAUGGUAAGCAAAUGAAAUUAAUUGCAGAAAAUGGAGAAGGGGAUUUACAUGAUGAAAGUGGAUAUCCAAACUCUACAUUGAUCAAUGCAUCUACCUAGGGAAAUCAUAUCUUCUAUUAUUGAUUGAAGAGAAAAUUAAAAUAUUUUUGGGAUAGCAAAUGUUUCAUUUCACCUUUGUGAAAUGAGCUAGAUAAACAACUUACUUUUAAAUUCUUAAAGAUUUUAAAUAAAUAUAUAUAGUGAAUAAAUCAUGUCCCUUUCUUCUCUCUACACACAUAGGUAGGAUUAUCGAAUGGUAAUAUAAUUGUAUUACACAAAGUUUCAGCCUGAAUGUUAAGUUUUUAAAAUAUAUUUUGCAUUUUA